AUGUCCUUGGCGGAUGUCCCUUGGAAUCACCCUGGUCUUCUGAAUCAUUCUCUCCCUUCGAGGCAAGGCCCCACAGCCGAUUUCUAUCACUAUUCUCCCCAUCUAUCAACUUUCUUCCAUCCUGGGUAUUAUCAACCAAGUGCGGUAUAUCCUAGCAACGCCACUUUCUUCAACAUGAACACCCUCUCGACUGAAGAAAUGGAGCGAUUCCAGAAACUAUCCAACGAGUUUGAGCCGGACAUCCAGGGCCCCUUGGUCUCAGCCAAACAAUCGAGCAGUGCCAUCGCCAUAGAGUAUGCAACUGCGGAUCCAACAUUUGCUGCAAAAACUAGCGCGCUUGCGGUAACACAUCCUUUCACCCGUGUUAUGAAAGGAGACGGUAAUUGUGGCUGGAGAGCUGUCGCAUUUGGUUACUUCGAGAAUCUCUUUAACCUACGAGACGCGCUCCGGGUGCACCGCGAGUUGACCCGAAUCAAGUCGUUAAAUCUGCUCCUUAACCAGGUCGGCCAUGAGGAACACCUGUAUGAAAUCUUCGUGGAUGCGACGGAAAUCAUCUUUUCGCAAAUUUUAGACGCAAUACAAAGUGGUGUUCACGAUGACUUAUUCCUCGUGGACGCAUUCAAUAAUGAAUACAAUUCCAACGGCAUCAUAACGCAUUUCAGACUCUUAACCAGUGCGUGGAUGAAACUCAACCCCCACCGGUAUCAAGCCUUUCUCUCGCUGUCGCUGGACCAGUACUGCGCGACUCGAAUCGAGACGGUCAAGACCGAAAUUGACGAAGUCGGUCUCCAAGCUUUGAUCGAUGGUGUGAUCGAGGCCUCUGGAUUUGCAGUUGAGAUCUUGUAUCUCGACCGCAGUGAAGGUGACGCAGUUACUCCCCAUAUUGUCACUCCUGCUCGCCCGAGCGCUGCGACUAUUCGUCUCUUAUACCGCCCGGGCCACUACGACCUACUCUACCCGGCUGAACCUCUUGUGAAUGUUGAACCUGUGGUCAAUUACCAAUACGCCUUGACUUCUAGCUACGCGGCCUGGGACCAAAGCGCCCUCUCGUUCGAUGUAAAUUCGAGUUUAAUGUCAGUCCCUAAUCUCAUGAUGGAUCCAACUUUUGGGCUUGCUCCCUCGCCGAUCCCUGCCGCCCCGCCUAGUCCGUUCCGAGUCUCAUCGCCUCAAGAAGUUUAUCCACCUCCCAUGCACACCCCGCCCCCUGUCCCUGUGGCAUCCCCGCCACCUCUCCGAAUGUCGGCGCCUCCACCGAUGAGCUCUUUACCUAGCCGCUCGUCUGACGGGCCUCAGAUUCGGUUGAAUCCACUGGUUAUGAAGCCUAAUCUAAGCCACUCUCUUCCAGUCACAACACCGUUUAAGAAUUCUCCCUAUAACCAAGCACAUUUCCAAAAUCAAGAUUUCGAACCGAUCCAUUGGGAACCUAGCGAAUCUCGCAAAUGAACCUCGACUUUGACCCUACCUUUAGUGCUUAACGGCCCUAAAUAAGGAUAGCUACCGAACAUCACAUUCAACUUGUCCUCUCUUAUGGCUAUCAAGCAACGAAUUCGCUCCACGCUCGUUUUUAGUUAAUAGGCUCUCUAGCGAACGUUCUAUCAAGGGAAGGCUGCCACCAUCGCCGCUCACUCGACGGAGGAUCUUUAAAUGUGUCAAUUGCUUUCGGUGAAAUUGAGAUCUCACACCUCUACUCGCUUCCUUUUUUUCCCCCUUCCAUCUAUUUAUGUGUCUGUAAGUUUGACGCUUAGCGUGUCUUACGCGUUGCAUGGGUAUGAGCGUGAUUAUCGGGUUUUGGAUUCCAGAUCAUUACAACAGACAUUUUCCGGGUGGAAAUCGUUUAUUGAAAUUUGUUAUUUAAUGAACGAAAAUGUUCUUGCCCUCAUGUUUGGCGGAAGGGCUUCUAUUGACACGAUGCCUUUCCCCAUGCUUGGAAACGAAAAUUGGAUCAGGCUGUACUCGCCUGGGACAGUAAACAAGGGCCCCGAUCUACUUUGUGCAUCUUCUAGUAGUAUAUUCAUCAUGGUGGAUUCCGGUGGAUCAUACCCCACCCUUCUUAGGCGCAACCUCAACCCUCUCUUUCUGUUUACAACCUGCGGCGUAUUCAGAAGAGAUUAAUCUUGAUGAAUGUUAAGUCUAGAUCUUAAUAGGCUCCCUAUGUAUUAGAUGGGCCAA